CCCAUACAACAACCAAACUCUGUUUUGUUGUCCAAUGGAAGAACACACCUCUAAGCAGCCCCUUCUUUCACCUACAGAAAUCUGCACAGACCAAGAUAGUACUACUGAUAAUUUAUCACAUACUUAUUUUGUUGCUGAUGCAGAUGAUAUUCCCCCAAUCACUGGAAUCCAAGAUUUCUUCAGAGAGUUCACUAUUGAAUCUAAAAAACUAUGGUACCUUGCUGGUCCAGCUAUUUUCACCUCACUUUGUAGGUACUCUCUUGGUGCUGUCACUCAAACAUUUGCUGGACAUGUUGGUACUCUUGAGCUUGCUGCUGUUUCUGUUGAAAACUCAGUCAUCGCCGGUUUCUCUUUUGGUGUCAUGUUGGGAAUGGGAAGUGCACUAGAAACACUAUGUGGACAAGCAUUUGGAGCAGGACAAAUUGACAUGCUAGGGGUAUACUUGCAAAGGUCAUGGGUUAUUCUCAAUUCCACAGCAGUAAUUCUUAUGUUACUUUACAUUUUCGCGGCGCAAGUUCUAAGGUUGAUCGGACAAACAGAGGACAUAUCACGGGAAGCAGGGAAAAUGGCUUUGUAUAUGAUUCCUCAAUUAUUUGCAUAUGCCAUGAAUUUUCCAAUAGCUAAGUUCUUGCAGUCACAGAGCAAGAUUAUGGUGAUGGCAUGGAUUGCAGCAACAGCUUUGGUUCUGCAUACAAUUUUUAGCUGGUUGUUUAUGCUAAAACUUGGGUGGGGACUCGUAGGCGCAGCGGUGGUGCUGAACUCAUCGUGGUGGUUCAUAGUGGUGGCGCAGAUGCUAUAUAUAUUUAGUGGGACUUGUGGACAAGCAUGGUCUGGUUUCUCAUGGAAGGCUUUCCUUAAUCUAUGGGGAUUUGUUAGGUUAUCUCUUGCCUCUGCUGUGAUGCUCUGCUUGGAGACUUGGUACUUUAUGGCGCUGGUCCUCUUCGCUGGUUAUUUAAAGAACGCACAAGUCGCUGUUGAUGCCUUGUCUAUUUGCAUGAACAUACUAGGAUGGACAGUGAUGGUAGCUGUGGGAUGCAAUGCUGCUGUAAGCGUGCGAGUGUCAAAUGAACUGGGGGCAGCUCAUCCAAGAACGGCCAAAUUUUCAGUGGUGGUCGUCGUGUUUUCUUCAUUCUCAAUAGGUCUUCUCUUAUCGGUUUUUCUACUCGUCUUUCGAAGCCAAUACCCUAACUUAUUCUCAGAGAGUGAAUCAGUGAAGCAUCUUGUUUAUGAGUUGACACCAUUACUAGCAUUUUGCAUAGUGGUUAACAAUAUUCAGCCAGCUCUAUCUGGUGUGGCUAUUGGAGCAGGAUGGCAAGCUUUGGUUGCUUAUGUCAAUAUUGCUUGUUACUAUUUGUUUGGUAUUCCAUUGGGUUUAUUACUAGGCUAUAAGCUCAACAUGGGUGUUCAAGGUAUUUGGUACGGAAUGAUUAGCGGAACUGUGAUUCAAACAUUCACCCUAUUUUGCAUAGUUUACAAAACCAACUGGAACAAAGAGGCUUCUAUUGCAGCAGAGAGGAUACAAAUGUGGGGAGGGAAACCAGAUGGUAAAACAACUGAUGCAGAGAAAUAAACUCCGAUUUGGAGUCAUUGUAUCAAGUCCAUCCAAUUUAUGUGAGGAGAUUUUGAAAAUUUGAGUUGCUUCUGCAUCGUUCAAUAUAACAUUGCUCAGUAGUCAGCAGUAAUGAGCAUUGUAAGAUAAUUUUGCCAAAAUUAUUCUUAAACACGGAAGCUGGAAAGUAAAGUCCUUAUAAAAAUUCUAGCUUAUAUUCG